AGAAGUGAUUACACCUUUUAACUCUGUAUCUGGUGCAACAGGAAGUAUUUGUUUAAUGAAUGACCUAUCCAUUUAGUAUCUGAGAGAGAAGCCGGGGGACUGUUGGAUCUGGUCCUCUGUGUUGAUUUCAGUAUGCUGCGAAGGAAACCAACCCGCUUGGAGCUGAAGCUUGAUGACAUUGAGGAGUUUGAGAGCAUUCGAAAGGACCUGGAGACGCGAAAGAAACAAAAAGAAGAUGUGGAAGUUGUAGGGGGCAGUGAUGGAGAAGGAGCCAUUGGACUUGGCAAUGACCCCAAGAGCCGGGAACAAAUGAUUAAUGAUCGAAUUGGUUAUAAACCCCAACCCAAGCCAAACAACCGUUCCUCUCAAUUUGGAAGUUUUGAAUUUUAAAGGUGGAUUAUCUUGCAUGCCAGAGCCCAGGCAUGAAGUGAAAGGACGGCUAAAGCACAAACAAGGCUCAGAGAAGCAGCCUCGUUUACCUCCUGCCGAGAGAAAUACUUUCGUCUAAGAUUACUGAUGUAUAACUGUCCCUGUAAUCUGAAAUCCAAACUCAAAUUUGAUUCUUGAAAAUGUCUGAUUUUUUUUUUAGAAAUAAAUUUAUUUUUGGAAA